GUAGAUAUGAAUGACUUCCGGAGAGCUAUAUCAGUUUUACCGCGCAAAAAUGAUAAGAAGGGGUGCUUUGAUUGUGUUGGAAGGAUGCGACAAAUGCGGUAAAACAACUCAAGCUAAACUCUUAGAAGAGUCGUUAAUAAAGCAUGGACUGUCUGUUCAAUUUUUACGGUUUCCAGAUCGCCAAACUAUUAUUGGUAAAAUGUGUAAUGAUUACUUGCGGAUGACAACGGAGUUAGAAGAUCAUGCUAUUCACCUCUUGUUCACAGCAAAUCGAUGGGAGCUGGUACCGAAGAUGAUCAAACUGCUUGAGUCUGGAACAAAUUUAAUAAAUGUAGACUUAAGCUGGUGCAAGCAAAUGGAAUCAGGACUCCCGAAACCCGAUGCCGUUUUCUAUUUGGACAUUAAUGAUGAGGAAGCUUCUAAACGGGGAGAUUACGGUAGAGAACGUUAUGAAAAUAGGAAUAAUCAAAUUAGGGUGGCAGAGAUAUACGAGACUUUUAAAAAAGAAAAAUAUUGGAACAUUAUUAAUGCGAACAGAUCAGUUGAAGAUAUCCAUACAGAUUUGUUUAGAUCAGCUUUGAAAGUUAUUACCGAUUCUGGGGAUAAAAUUAUAAGCAAACUGUGGGAUCAAGAACAACAUGAUCAAGGAGAUUUUAUCGAAAAGUAA